GGCUAAAUGGACCGUAUGAAGAAGCCAAAGUUGUCAUGAUCCGAGAGCUCCGCGACUUGGAUCAAUAUAGAUGAGACCUGCUAGACUUAUGACUGACACGGCUCAUCCUUGGCUGGAGACGGGGAAAGCUACGCAGCGAAAAGCUCCACCGUCUCGCCGAGUGCCAGCAAGAGUCAUGAGUACUUGUCAACUCGACUCCUCAACUGGAGAUAACUUUCUAGCACCUCACCAUGGGGAAGGAUGUAUUCAUAUGCCUUCACCAGCACAUGCAUUUAACAUGCAGAGAGUUACACAAGUUCUUACCACCUUGGGGCACCAUUCAGACAACUACAAAGACGCAUUAAAAAUAAUGCAACAAUAUGGAAAGGGCUGCAACACCUCAGACCUGCAAUCUGAGGCAGAGAACGAGGAGCUGCCAGAAAAAAGGAACGGGAAGCCAGUCCAUCGUCUCGGGGACUCAGAUGAUAGCGAAGAAGACCCGGGAAAUAGUGACCUCACAUCUCUGGGGUUGGCAAGCCAAUUGCACAGGCAGAUGCCAGCAAGAGUCAUGAGUACUUGUCAACUCGACUCCUCAACUGGAGAUAACUUUCUAGCACCUCACCAUGGGGAAGGACGCAUUCAUAUGCCUUCACCAGCCCCUGCAUUAAACAUGCAGAGAGUUACACAAGGAACGGCAGUCCCUCCUCGACUCCCUCCACCCCCCUCACCAGCAGCCCUCAACAUGUGGCAGACAGAGGAGCCUGGAUCCAGCCUGGCCUACAGGCCAACAUGGCGAGGGGGAAGAAUGGCCGACAACAUUUCCUGCUCUGCGCCUGAGGUAAUCCACAUCCUUAGCCUGCUGGAAACUAUUAAGCACAACCAAGACCAGCUGAUUGCGAAGGUGCUGUGAGUAAAAAUGUGUUGACAAGGUCAGCCACGGACGCUGAGGUCACCAAACACGCCAUCAGGUGGUUCAACUUGGCGGGGGAUCGGGCAACGAGGAGACGAGUCCCGCUUCCACCUCCUCAGGAGGA